UCUCCCGUCGACCUAGUGUUUACCGAGUUCCUACACGGCAUAUUGCGAAAACGAAUUGGGCAAAGCAGACCAUUCAGAUGCGGCGGCAGGCUCGGAUCUCAGCCGGCGGCGCGCUUGUGGUGCGCACCGCCUCCGCCCUGCAAGUUUGGCUGUGGUUGCUGAUAUUCAUAUUCCAGAAUGAAUUUCGAAUAUCAAGGUCCAUUAAACCCGGGUACUUGGACUUCGACAAUCUACCCGAGACGAAUUUCACAUGCGCGGGCAAGGUGAUCGGCGGCUACUACGCCGACCUGGAGACGUCCUGCCAGAUGUUCCACGUGUGUACUGUUGGCCAGCAGGACGAGCCCAUGGAUAUCAAGUUCCUUUGUCUCAAUGGCACUGUGUUUGACCAGGAGACCAGAGUAUGUGAAAGGGUAGAUGAAGUAGAUUGUACAAAGUCUGAAAAGUUUUACAGUUUAAAUUUAGAAUUAUAUGGUAGCACUGCACCUCCUAUUAUACAACCAGAACAAAAUAAACCUCAAGCUGAACCAACAGAACAAUCUCAACAACAUGCUAAACCAAGCAAUGAAGAAGCUGAUCCUUCGAUAGACGAAACUCCUACUACAACUCAAGAUAAAACACAGGGUCAUUCCUCAGAAGUACCAGAUUCUACAGAAGACCCUGUUCAAGAGUUCAAAAAAGAUGAACAGCCAUUCAACGGACAGCCCUCGCAACCACCUCUCCCGUUAUCCGAACAUGAUGAAUUAACCGAAGAAUAUCAAGAUGAAGACGAAGAAAAUACCGAAUACGAAGAAGAUUACUCCCACUCCCAGAGCUCUACAAGUUCAGUAGCCCCGACCACGACAACUAUAGCAACGACCACCACAACGAAACCACCGCCGAGUUCCGCAAUACCGCCGCCGCCACCUUCUAUCAACCCAUCGCCGCUGCCCCAACUAAUAUCGUCGCCAUCACCAGCAGUGUCGUCACAUUCCCCAUCAUCCUAUCCCUCACUGGCACCAUCGGCUUCACCAGGGCCAACGCUAGACCCAUCCCUGCUGUCUCCACAAGAAUUUAUUUAUCGACAUCAAGGACCAGGAUCUGAAGCGAUAUCAUUCCAACGAAAUAGUUUUCGACCGGCAGAUGGAGUUUACAUCACACAUGCCCCACCACAACAAUUUGAUCACUUCCAAUAUGAGUCAUCACGAACUGCACCGCGACCGGCGGCACCCAGGCCUGCUGCUUUUGUACAACGACCGCAGCCAGCACCUUUUCGACCGACGACGCUUGAUCCUAGAGACCAGUUAUUAAGACCUGGCCCCACAUUCCAGUCAUCUGAGAGACAUGAGACGGCGGUUAAGCAUAAUAAACAACCAUAUCCAUCACCUCUGCCAGCUCAACGCCCGUUGCCAUUCAAUCCUUAUUACUAUGAUCGGAAAAGAAGUGAUGAUUCUUCCCCUGAAGAUAAAUCUUCGCUUUCAGCUCGAUCAGUGCCACCACCGAUCGUAACCGAACGACCUCCGACUAAACCAAAAAGUCCCCCGCGAGUUAUCGUCACUGCAAGUGCGUCCGUCAGCGAUAGUAAUGGAAAGAGACUAAAUUACACUGUCGGCAAUGUCGUCAGUGCGGUGAAACCUAUAGUGCCUAUAAACUAUGACGACUAUAAAGAAUCUGAUCUAAUAUUCGACCCAUUCUUUCUCGAUGUGCCAAAACUGCAAACUCGACGUAAAACUAGAUCUAAUAGCAAAAGUAAAGUGUUCACAGUCCCCGCUACCGCUACCGUGUCUUCAGAGACAACUUCGGCAAAAUCUGCUGUAACAACAUCGCCUGUUACAUCACGAGCGACCACGACGGAAAGAUCUACUUCAACCACUACUCCAACGACAACGACUGCAUGGAACCCGAACGAUUAUGUCGACGAUAAUUACGAGCCGCACGCUUACGUACCGCCAGUGCCUCCAUUAGCAAUAUUAGUGCCGCACGAUCGCAAUAAAUACAGGAAACAAGAUAGGCAAUCGAUCAACGACCUAGUCGAGGAAAAUUCUCGUCAGGAAAAGUCGAAAGUUGGUCGUGCGGAGCAGCAGUCUAGGCCGACGUCGACGUCUGCAGCGCAGACAAGCUCUAGUCAAAAUGUGGGGACGGAGUCGGUGGCGCCGCCCGCCGCCGCGCCGCCCCCGCCGGCGCCGCUCCCGGUGCCCGCCUGCGCCACCUCGCGCUCCACUGACUGUCGGACUCGUGCCUAAAAUUAGCUCAUUUUAUACAUAGAUAGUUCCAUAAUUAGAUAGGUAGUGAAUUUUAACAAUUUUACGAGAGAAGUAGCAUCGAAACUGUUUCGCGCAAAACACUGGAACUUCCGUGAAACAUUUUAAUGCAAGUGAUUUGUACAUUGAUAACAGAAUCGUUUACGCCUAGUAUAUUUAUGUCUCAAAUUAAGACCAUUGUGUAAAUAUAUAUUUUUAAUUAGAGAUGUUUCUACCACUGUGUUUAAAUGUUGUCAUAUUUUGUGUCUAGCGAUAUUUAUGGAUGUUUUUGUAAAUAUCUUGAAUUAAACGUUUCUAUACUGA